GUAGUAAUGAAUGCUGUGUGUUGAGUCAUACAGAAAUGUUCAGCCUUUGUGGAUUUUGCCCUUUGCUUAUCAUUCAUAGUUAAUUUAUUACUCUGUGGUUCAAGGGUGUGUCAUUCAGUCCCCUCAUUUUGCAGACAUUCUUUUUGAGUAUUGCGCUUCCUUCAGCUCUCACUGGAUUCAUCAUAACGGGAUAUAAUGGACCUGAAAGAGUACUUGAACAGGAUUGGCUUUACUGGCCAAUAUGGCAAAGCCGACCUGGACAAUUUGUUCACCAUCCACAAGCUGCAUGUUAUGAAUAUUCCAUUUGAGAACCUCAGCAUCCAUUCUGGCGAGAAGAACACUAUGGACCUGCACAUCAUCUAUGUUAAAAUAGUCAAGAGCAAUCGGGGAGGCUGGUGUUGUGAAAACAACCACUUGUUCUCAUGGGUCCUGAAGGAGAUGGGAUACAAAUUCACCAUACUAGGCUCCAAAGUGUUCAACUCACUGGAACAGGAGUUCCUCCCCAUGGACUCUCAUCUCAUCAAUCUGGUGGAGAUUGAUGGGAAGCAGUACAUUGCAGAUGUGAGCUUUGGAGUGUCGUACCAAAUCUGGCAUCCCUUAGAGUUGAUCUCAGGUAAAGACCAGCCACAGCUUCCAGGCGUAUUCCGCCUCAUAAAUAAUGGGAUGCAGUGGGUUUUGGAGAAGACCAGCAGGAAGCAAUUGGUCCAAGAUAAGGCCUUUGCUAAUUCCAGCCUCAUUGAUAAACGGCUCACCAAAACAUUAUACUCCUUCACAUUAACACCCCGUGAUGUAGAUCAUUUCCGAGAGACAUCAGAUUGCCUGCAGACUAGUCCAGACUCUCUGUUCAUGCUCAAAUCCAUUUGCUCCCUUCAGACACCCACAGGCUUCAGAGCUCUGAUUGGUUGGACAUACAGCGAGGUCACAUUUAAAGAGGACUCGGACUUGAUGGACAUGAAAGAAAUCCCAGACUGUGAGAUAGAGGCUUUACUAAGGGAAAAGUUUAAUCUGGUGUUAGUUAAUAAAUUCACACCCAAAAACAACAAAGCUGAUUAUUGCAUCUAGUACUCAGCUCAUCUAAUAAUUUUAGUAAUCAGUGU